UAGGCUAACAUUCCUGUUGCACACUACUGUAGAGAGACUCGCGUUUCAGCGUCGGGACAUACGUCAAAAAUGCAGUCGAUACUCUUCGUCUUCCUGCUGUCGAUCCUAGCCGUUUUCUCCAACCGCUACGAGCAUCCAGAAGGGACCGACGACGAUACCGCAUCAGGACUAGACCCUACCACAGACUUGGACGACAGAGAUGUCUGUAUCCACAAAUUUUAUGCAGCGGCGAUGACGUCGAAUAUACUGUGGGCCGGAUCGGAUCAAUCCCAUAAGUUUGUCGCCACCUACUACACCGACCGUCUGACGACUAAAGAGUGGCCACUCUACGACCGUCCGGGUAACGACUACUUUCAAAAUAAAGGCGAUCUCUGGGAAUUCUCCACCGACACAACAGAUUGCAUCCACCCAUCUGACGUAAUCAGCCUAUCCUACCGUGCUGCCAGCAAGGACGGAUGGAACAUCGAGACGGCCUUUACCAUCGUCUCUCUCGAUGACGGCAGAUACGCUCUCCUCACUGCCGACGUCGACGCCUACCGAUGGAUCGACACAGACAAGACAGACCAGAGGGAAUUCACGUUGAAUCGAUUCGCAGCGGAACCGCACUGCCGCUGGGCGAGGAACGAGUGCGUCGACAAACUGUACGUGUUCGCACUCACUUCGGGAAACUUCACGUCCGGAUCGGACAGCCACAAUGUGUUCGGUCUCAGAGUGACGAGCGACAAGCGCAAGGAAGUCAAACUGUAUGACCGCACCGGAGACGACUUUCUAGAAAACAAGGCCGAUCUGUGGGUACUAGAUGCCAAGCAAUUUGCUCGACGUCGUCGCUGUUUGAAGUUUGGUGCAAUCCGUGAUGUUGCGUUGACUGCACGGUCUGCGAACUCCUUUCUUGUCAGUGACAAGUGGCAGGUGCAGUCGGCGUUUGUCAUUGGGCAAUUGAAGUCUGGAAGAUUUGCUUUGUUGAGUGCUGACGCUAACGUGCAUCAGUUCGUUGACGAAAGUCAGACGCAUGGAGUAAACGAGCUGAGACUACCACUUCAGAACUGUUGAAUAGAAUGUCAUAUAGUGAGAUGUUUGUUCGUUGAUGUGAUAGACUAGUUGUUUUUGUUUGAAAAGUAAUAAAAUCAAAUAGACUUAAUAAUGUGA